AUGUCAAGUGCCGUCCAGGUUAUCACGGCCGAAGAACAGGCCCGUAAGCUUGAAGAGUCGCUUGCAAUUAUUCACCAGCAAGAGGCGCUCAUGCGCAAAUGCCUUGAGUCUAAGGGUAAGCUCAUGGACGCGCUGAAACAUGCCUCGACGUUUCUUGCUGAACUCCGCACAUCGCUACUCAGUCCCAAGCAGUAUUAUGAGCUCUACAUUGCAGUAUUCGACGCCCUCAGUUAUCUGGGAGGAUAUCUCAGAGACAAUCAUAAGACUUUUCAUCUUGCCGAUCUCUACGAACUGGUUCAAUAUGCAGGCAACAUUGUCCCCCGACUUUACCUAAUGAUCACCGUGGGUACCGCAUACAUGUCGGUACCCGACGCGCCCGUCAAGGAAAUUAUGAAGGAUAUGCUGGAAAUGUGUCGUGGUGUACAGCACCCUACCCGCGGCUUGUUUCUCCGCUACUAUCUGUCGCAAACUGCUCGCGACCACUUGCCUAUUGGCGAUUCUGAUGGCCCUGGUGGGAACUUGCAAGACUCGAUCCAAUUCAUUGUGACCAACUUUAUUGAGAUGAAUAAGCUGUGGGUGCGUCUCCAACACCAAGGCCACAGUCGUGAGCGCGAAAAGCGUACCAAGGAACGUAAGGAGCUCCAGAUACUAGUUGGCUCAAAUCUUGUGCGCUUGUCUCAGCUUGAAGGAAUUGACAAGGAGUAUUACCGGUCGACCAUUCUCAAUGCUAUCCUUGAGCAGAUUGUUCAGUGCCGCGAUGUAAUUGCGCAAGAGUAUCUACUUGACGUGGUCACCCAAGUUUUCCCCGAUGAGUUCCAUCUCUAUACGCUUGACCUGUUUCUCAAUGCCACUGCCAAUCUUCAUCCUGAAACAAGUGUUAAGAAGGUCAUUUUGACCAUGGUCAAUCGACUUGCAGACUUUGCUGCCCGCGAAGCUGAAAACGAGUCUUCUGAGGGCGUUGACGCAUUGACUGAAUCUUUGAAAGCAGCCACUAUUAAAGAAAGCGUUAAAAGCGACGAUGAGCCCAAGAAUAAAGAAGAAUCUGAAGCUGACAAGCCUGAAAAGGAAGAGGAAGAACCUAACAAGGCUGAGAAAAAAGAAGGAGAAGGAGAAGGAGAAGAAGAAGAGCCCACUAAGUCUGAACCCAGCAAGCCGGAACGCCCCAAGGAGGUUGCAACGUACCGUGGAGUUCCAGUCAAUAUUGAUUUGUUUGAAAUCUUUUGGUCCUUCUUUCUCAAGCUCUUGGAUGCUCGCCCAGAUCUUUCUUUGGAUGACAUUACAGCCUUUCUUGGGGGUAUUGCACGGUUGUCGCUUAACUGCUACCCUGAGCGCACCGAAAACAUUGACAAGAUUCUUGAUUUUGUUUUGCAAAAAGUCAAGCCAACUGAGGAAGAAGAGCCUAUUUCUCCUAUAACCACUGGGAAUGUGUUGGAUCUUCUCAAGAUGCUAAUUCAAACAUACCCACAGAUGUUGACUGUUCUUUCGCUCAAAAACUUUAUCCCCCUACUGGAGUCUCAGCCUACAGCUACACAAAAGGCGGUUGCAUCAAGUGUUGCACAGGACAUUCUUAAAGGCGGCAACAAGAUUACGACUGUUGAGGAUACAGAAGGUGUUUUUGGACUGGUACGCAUUGUGAUUCGCGAGGGCGUGGAUAGUAUUCGAAACAAGCAUUCCAGCGACGGCAUUGCUAAGCUGAUGGGUGGAGAGUCGCCUGCUGCGACUUUUGGAGAGGACGAUAAGGACGUUCCUGAUGAGAUUGUUGCGGAUCAAGGCAACUUGGCCAAGAUGGUUCACUUGCUGUAUAACCCUGAUGCGGAGACGCACGCAAAGCUGUUGACGGCUGCGCGUAAGGCACUUUCUGAGGGUGGAGCAUUUGUUCGAUAUACAUACCCAGCGCUUGUGACGAGUGCGAUGCGGCUUGUGCGACGGUUCAAGGCGCGGGAGCCAGUAGAUUCUGAGUGGAAGGACAAGGUUUCGUCAACGUUUAAGUUUAUGCAGCUGGUGAUUGGAGACAUUUACCGUGUGGGGGGGAGUGACAAAGCGCUGCGGCUUUAUGUGAAUGCGGCGAGUGUUGCUGACCAGGUAAAUGUUGAGGAGGCUGCUUAUGAAUUUUUUGCCGAAGCGUUUACUGUUUAUGAGGAGGCUGUGAGUGACUCGCGGGCGCAGUACCAAGCCAUUGUACUGAUUGCUGGAGUUUUGCAAAACACGCGCAACUUUGCGACAGAUUCUUACGACACGCUUGUGUCCAAAUGUGCGUUGUAUGGAUCAAAGUUGUUGAAGAAGCCAGACCAGUGUCGGGCGGUUUACCUUGCGAGUCAUUUAUGGUGGGCGGUUGAGAUUCCGGCAUUGGGUGAGACUGAGGAGGACAGUGAGUUUUUCCGUGACGGGAACCGGGUGCUUGAGUGUCUGCAGCGGGCGCUACGUGUUGCAGAUGCAUGCAUGGAUGUUGCUGUUUCAGUCGAACUUUUUGUUGAGAUUUUGAACCGGUACUUGUACUUUUUCUACCGGGGGAAUGAUAAGGUGACUGUCAAGUAUAUUACAGGGCUGAUUGAGUUGAUUCAACGGAAUUUGGAUUCGAUGACAAAUGACGGGAAUGUGAGUGAUUCGCCGCGCAAGCACUUUGAGCGGACGUUGCAGUUUAUUACAGAUCAGAAGGAAGAGGAUGAGCGGUUCCAAAAGAUUGUUUGGUAG